UGGCGGUACGCUGGAACCGCAACCUUUCAACUCCAUCUUCAUACACUGAUAACAACAUGACAUUUGUUGUUGUCCCGAAGCUCAAUUCUAGCUCUCCUUCGAAACGUCUUCCGCAGCCUCGUCCAUGACCAACGAAACAUGUCCAGCCUAGAUGAACUACAUCCAUUGUGCUGUCGUUUAGCCGGGACAGCCGAACGAACACACUUUAAGCACAAACCACUGGAUCUCAGUGCCCCUUCGAUACGUCUUCUCCAAGUUUCUUCCCAGCUUUCCAAGGAUGGUGCGGUCCAGUGCCGAAUUGCCCACUUCGGGACUUCACGUUCAGAAUCAGGAAAACGACUAGAUGAAGCUUUCGACAUGUGUACCCCGGUACCAUCAUACACCUGUCUCUCGUACACCUGGGGUGAGCCAAACCCUUUAUACUUGGUCGAAGUCGAUGGGAGCCCGUUCCACGUACGGCAAGGUCUAUGGGAGUUUCUUUGUACUGUACGGACAUCUAGAUCGCUGAGACGCAGAAAUUUCUGGAUCGAUGCAAUGUGUAUCGACCAAGAGAACAAGGCUGAGCGCAACCAUCAGGUGCAACAAAUGGGGAGGAUAUAUUCGAAAGCCGAUAUGGUCCUUUGCUGGCUCGGAUGCGAUGAAGAGAUUGAGAGUGUGCUGAAAGAUAUAAGGACAAGGCCAGCUUACAUCGAUGCCAUGUCCAGAAGCUGGAAAGCAAGCAACACAUUGCCGCGUGUUGCCCAGGUACAUCUUCCCAUCGAACCCGGUGUCAGUGCCGAAACUCUUGUUCGUUUCUGCUGCAGUGAGUACUGGUCUCGAGCCUGGAUAACACAAGAGAUCGCUCUAGCUCAAUCCGCCGCCAUUGUCGCAAGAUCAGAGGCUGUGGAUCUCAAUCUUGUGCUUGAGACGGUAACUUCAACCAACUCUCCCUUCCAUUACAUCGCCAACUACAUCGGAGGGCGGAUGGAAGAGACUUCGCAAACUUGGAAAUCGGACCUCCUGAGUCUCCUUUAUCAUUUUCGAAGAACGCGCUGUGAUAUCCCACGGGAUCGCAUAUACUCCUUACUAGCGUUGUGUUCGCAAGGCAAUAGAAUUCAAGUCAACUACGAGGUUUCGGAUGAGGAAGUUAUGCGGCACAUACUAGAUGUAUACUCUGACUCGCUGUGCUUAUGCUCCGCUGCCAUCAUUGCAGACGUACUAUGGCGGACGUUGUGGCCCCGGGGUCGUGUCAGAAUACAGCCAGUGGAGGAGGCGACGCCAUAUAUCGAGUUCCCAGUUAAGACUUCUGAUCUGGAUAAGCACCACAGAUGUCACGAUUUCUGUGAAACUACAUUUCCAGAAGUUUGGCGCAGAAAAAGAGGUGUUAUUGUUUGUAUGCGUAGGACCUGCCCCGACAUACCCGUUCAUUUACUUGUCUCGGAAUGUCAUUACGGAAAAGUUCUUCGAUGUAUCAAUGGUCAGUCAUGCAGCCAAAAUCACGUGGACUGUCGUCUUUACGAUACCUUCGGGGUUGAGCUAGAGAACUUCCGAGAAUCAGGGGAUGCGACAUUGCGGAUGUCUUUUAGCGCACUUCUCGGCAUUGUCAUGAACAGCAUUUCAAGUCAUGAUGAUACAAGGCGCUGCGGUAAUUUACAUGGAAACACAAAAUACAAAAAGGGCAGACCCAGGCUUUGCCACACUGUGAGACACUGAACACAAUAAAAGUUUAGAGUUGCAUAACAGCUAUCUGCCAUGCCUGACAAGUUCUACUGAUGUGUCGGUCUACAGUAAUUAAAAGCCAC